CUUCCUCCUGUGGGGUGACUUUACUAUAUUAUUCAAAUACGUAUAUAUUAUAGAUAUAUAUGUUUUUUCUUUUUUCCCCUUUAAUUUUUUUUUCCUUUAACAAGAAAAUCUCGGUCCCAGGCAACCGCUGCUGCCCCUUUGAUGUUUUGGUACGCCGUGCGCAUGCGCCUCACAUUAGAAUUACUGCACUGGGCAGACUAAGUUGGAUCUCCUCUCUUCAGUGAAACCCUCAAUCCCAUCCAAAACUAAAGGGAUGUGGAGAGUCCGGAAAAAGGGCUACUUUGGGAUUUGGUCAUUCCCCUUAAUAAUCGCCGCUGUCUGUGCGCAGAGUGUCAAUGACCCUAGUAAUAUGUCGCUGGUUAAAGAGACGGUGGAUAGACUCCUGAAAGGCUAUGAUAUUCGGCUGAGACCAGAUUUUGGAGGUCCCCCGGUGGCCGUGGGAAUGAAUAUUGACAUUGCCAGCAUUGAUAUGGUUUCUGAAGUCAAUAUGGAUUAUACCUUGACAAUGUACUUCCAGCAAGCCUGGAGAGAUAAGAGGCUGUCCUAUAAUGUAAUACCUUUAAACUUGACUCUGGACAAUAGAGUGGCAGACCAGCUCUGGGUGCCCGAUACGUACUUCCUGAAUGAUAAGAAGUCGUUUGUGCACGGGGUGACCGUCAAGAACCGCAUGAUCCGCCUGCAUCCAGAUGGGACGGUCCUUUAUGGCCUCAGAAUCACAACCACAGCUGCCUGCAUGAUGGACUUAAGGCGGUACCCACUGGAUGAACAAAACUGCACCUUGGAAAUUGAAAGCUAUGGAUAUACAACUGAUGACAUUGAGUUUUACUGGCGUGGGGAUGAUAAUGCAGUGACAGGAGUGACAAAGAUUGAACUUCCACAGUUCUCCAUCGUAGAUUACAAACUCAUCACCAAGAAGGUUGUUUUUUCCACAGGUUCCUAUCCUAGGUUAUCGCUCAGCUUUAAGCUUAAGAGAAACAUUGGUUACUUCAUCCUGCAAACAUACAUGCCUUCUAUCUUGAUCACUAUCCUCUCCUGGGUCUCCUUCUGGAUUAAUUACGAUGCUUCAGCUGCGAGAGUGGCAUUAGGAAUUACAACUGUGCUAACAAUGACCACGAUCAAUACGCACCUCCGGGAGACGCUCCCCAAGAUCCCCUACGUGAAGGCCAUUGACAUGUACCUGAUGGGGUGCUUUGUCUUUGUCUUCAUGGCCCUUCUGGAAUACGCUUUGGUCAACUAUAUCUUCUUCGGGAGGGGGCCUCAACGCCAAAAGAAAGCAGCUGAAAAGGCUGCUAGUGCCAACAAUGAGAAGAUGCGCCUGGAUGUCAACAAGAUUUUUUAUAAAGAUAUUAAACAAAAUGGGACCCAAUAUCGAUCCUUGUGGGACCCAACUGGAAACCUCUCCCCAACUAGACGGACUACCAAUUACGAUUUCUCUCUGUAUACGAUGGACCCCCAUGAGAACAUCUUACUGAGCACUCUCGAGAUAAAGAAUGAAAUGGCCACCUCCGAGGCCGUGAUAGGACUCGGAGACCCCAGGAGCACCAUGCUGGCCUACGAUGCCUCCAGCAUUCAGUAUCGGAAAGCCGGGUUGCCCAGGCAUAGUUUUGGCCGCAAUGCCCUGGAGCGGCACGUGGCCCAGAAGAAGAGCCGCCUGCGGAGACGUGCCUCCCAGCUGAAAAUCACCAUCCCCGACUUGACUGAUGUGAACGCCAUAGACCGGUGGUCCCGCAUCUUCUUCCCGGUGGUUUUCUCCUUCUUCAACAUCGUCUAUUGGCUUUAUUAUGUGAACUAAAACAUGGCCUUCCGUGGGAAGCAAGGACUAGACUCCUCCUUAAACCAGUUGUCCAGCCUGACGUAGAACGUGGAAAACACAUCAAUCCAGGACAAAAGUGAUGCUAAAAUACCUUAGUUGCUGGCCUAUCCUGUGGUCCAUUUCAUACCAUUUGGGUUGCUUCUGCUAAGUCAUGGAGACACUAAGGUCCUUGUGGUUUUCCAGUUAAAAGAUGCGAGCGAUUUGUACACGUGCUGGCAAGACUGAGUCUGAGUGUUCCAGCUUAUCUGCUUAGUCCACAGCCUGUACCAAGGGGAAUCACUGAGAAGAUAUUCUAGAAGGCUUAGUAGCAUCCUCAGCCAUUUUGCUGAGAAGUGGUCGUACCCAGAGACUCCCCAUCUUCAUCCCCCAAGGUUGGCACGCUCUUGAGAUGGCUCUGUGCGUGUGGAGCAUGGUCUGCAGUGCCAUGCAGACAUGCUUACUGAAGAUGGUCUGUGCCUGUCUUAUUAAGUUAAUUCCCACCGGAUUCUAGAAGGUUCUUGUGUAAUUCAAACAGGAUAGGGAGAGUCAAGACAGAGACUCAGUAAACCUGUUUGGCCAGUCUCUAAUUUGCUUGAGAAUGAGACUCAACUACAACGUCUUCCAUUUUGACAUUUAGAGAUGGGGAGACUCCUGAACAUUGUCACACGUGGUAGCCAAAAACAUUUUUCUAAAAGGCUAUUUCCUAGGCGGUUAAAAUGAGAGUUAAUAACCCAGUGCAGAGUGGAAUUCCAGAAGCGACUGUUGUGACAAAAUUAAAGCAAGGGAGCAACAUGACCCUUAUCAACCCCUUGCAGCAUCUGGCCUGCGCUAGUGCAUUCAGUGGCAGAAGGGAGCGAGAGAGAGGGCUUUUUCCUCCAAAUGCACAAGCUUCUGACAGCGGCUUUUCUAGUUUAUCUCAUCAAAAGACAGCCCUAAAAUAGAAAAGUUAGCAGAAUUAGAAGUAUCUUAGGUUACACUGGGAGUCGUUCAAAUAUGUGAAUACACAGCACAGACAAAGCUAGCAAGCAGGAGGCGUCUCAGUCUGAGCUCUCUCUGCAACAUUUUCCUACAGUUUAUUUCUGAAUUUAAUAGGAUAUUUCUAAAGAAGGAUUUGUUUGUUUCUUUAGAGGAUUCCUGGUCUUUUCCAGUUUUUCAUGCGUCUGAAAUUCUGAUUAUAUUCUUAGGAGACAGGUAAAGUAAGGCUUUGGAGAGACUGAGAGAACCAUCUUUCCUCAUAGGCAGUGACGUUCACCUGUAUUAUCUUUCAUAGCAAACAGGACUGCAGAGAUUAUGUGCACAAGUGGAGUUAGUUUGUGAGUUUGUCGGGUCUGAUUUUUUAAGAGUGCUUUCAUUGUGUGUGUUGCAAUCUGCCUAAUCAAAAAAAAAAAAAAAAAAAGGAAAA